UGGGGAGAGUACAAACAACAGAGGAAAUCCUGAGCCGCAGAGGAAACUGGAGAUGGCAGCGUUUAGCACUAGACUCUGUACGAGAGGCAGGAUUGGAAUCCAAAUCUCCAGAACUCUUUCCACUGCCCGUGCUAUCUCUCCAUUGAUGGACUAUUGACUGGAUGACAAAGUAUUGAUAGCACAGUCUUAGGAGACGCCCAGUCAUAGAUCAUAGGCCAUCUUUGCAGCUUAUUGUGAUUUCAACCGUGGAGGAUGGUCCUAUCCAUCACCUUUCAAGCGGCUGUUCUCUGAUCAGCAUUAAGCAUGGCCACGCCCGCCCUUAACUUCUGACUGUGGGGAAAGAGGUUGUGUGGGUGACAGCUUGGAAGGUUUACUACUGCCUCAAUCCUCUUUUCUGCAGUUGAGGUUUCAGGUUUCAAUCCUCCCAAUACCACAAGACAGUGCAGCGAGCACCCGGCGGCCGCCGCCUCCGCCUCCGCCUCCGCCUCCGCGCCUCAACCCCGGCAGCCUGCAGAUUUCAGCCCCGCCGCCGCGCACUCGCCCUGCCCUAGACCAGGGUUGGGCGCAGCGGCUGAGGCUGCUUCUGGGCUGCGCGAACUGGGUGCGCUGGGAGGCGGCGAUCGCAGCUGGGCUGGGACUUCCUUCCUCCAGCGCACGGCAACAAAACAACCUUGCAGCAGGCACUGAGCGCUUGGCAGCUGUCCGGGCGAGCGAGAGGCACAGCGAUGGGCUCUGUGCUGAGCAGCGACAGCGGCAAGUCGGCGCCCGCCUCUGCCACCCCGCGGGCCCUGGAGCACAGGGGGGACCCGGAGUUGCCCGUCACGUCCUUCGACUGCUCCGUAUGCCUUGAGGUGUUACACCGGCCUGUCCGGACCCGCUGUGGCCACGUAUUCUGCCGUUCCUGUAUUGCUACCAGUCUAAAGAACAACAAGUGGACUUGUCCUUAUUGCCGGGCAUAUCUUCCUUCAGGAGGCGUUCCAGCAACUGAUGUAGCCAAAAGGAUGAAAUCAGAGUUUAAGAACUGCACUGAGUGUAACACCCUGGUUUGCCUCAGUGAAAUGAGGGCACAUAUUCGGACUUGUCAGAAGUACAUAGAUAAGUAUGGACCACUACAAGAACUUGGGGAGACAGCAGCAAGGUGUGUAUGUCCCUUUUGUCAGAGGGAACUGGAUGAAGACAGAUUGCUGGAUCAUUGUAUUACUCAUCACAGAUCUGAACGAAGGCCUGUGUUCUGUCCACUUUGCCGUUUAAUACCUGAUGAGAAUCCAACCAGCUUCAGUGGCAGUUUAAUAAGACAUCUGCAAGUUAGUCACACUUUGUUUUAUGACGAUUUCAUAGAUUUUAAUAUAAUUGAGGAAGCUCUUAUCCGAAGAGUCUUAGAUCAGUCACUUCUUGAAUAUGUGAAUCACUCAAACACCACAUAAUUUUAUUAAAAGGAAGGGAAAAGGGACCACUGAAUCGCACCAUUUAAGACGCUGCUUGAAAAAAUUGGAAGCUGUCAAUGCUUGAUGGGCAAAAAUGAACAACACAGUUAUAUGUUUGUCCAUGUUUAUUGUUAUAGUGCAUUUUAAAACUGCUUUAAUUUUGAUGGCUUAAAUCGGUUUUACGUUCUUGAGAUUUUUACACAUUUAACAACAAAAAAUUGUCUGCAUCAGUCAUUAUUAUAUGGAGAAGACACAGGGUAGGCAAGUAGGAUCUUGGUUUGCAAAUUAGAUAACACUCAGUAUCUAAUGCUACAUAUUAAUAACUCCCAUCAUGGUUAGGCACGGUAACUAAUCUUUGUUCUAUGUAAAAAAAAAAAAAGUGAAACAAAGUACAGACAUUCAAAAAAAUACGAACUCUGCUCUAAUGCUCUUGUUCUGAUCUCUAAUAGAAUAACAUUAAUAAUCUUGUAUGGGAGUUAGAAAGGAAAAUUUUGGAAGUCAAGAAAGUCCAUUUAGGCUGGGUGCUGUGGCUCAUGCUUGUAAUCCCAGUACUUUUAGAGGCCGAAGUGGGUGGAUAAUGAGGUCAGGAGUUUGUGACCAGACUGGCCAACACAGUGAAACUCCAUCUCUACUAAAAAUUAAAAAAUUAGCUGGGCAUGGUGUCAGGUACCUGUAAUCCCACCUACUCGGGAGGCUGAGGCAAGAGAAUCUCUUGAACCCAGAAGGCAGAGAUUGCAGUGAGCCAAGAUUGCACCACUGCACUCCAGCCUGGGUGACAGAGCUAGACUCUGUCUCAAAAAAAAAAAAAAAGAAAGAAAGAAAGCCCAUUUAACCAAAUUGUAUUACAUAAUACUGUAACAAAAUAAAUUUUGUGUUAGAAAAGUAUACUUAAUUCUUUGAUGUUUUAUAACUAUGAAUACAUAAGAAUUUAGUGUUUUUCAAAUAUUUGUAGCUAUUUAGAAAUAUCUCUGUAAUAUAGGCUAUUUCUUAAAAGCCGUCAGAUGAUAUUUACAGAAGUAUUUGCAUGCAUACUUUAUAGUAUAUAGGAAACCCUAAGGGCUUUGAUUUCUUUUUUGAUUGUAACAUUUUAAAAAAUUAUAAAAUAAGAGUACUGAAAACCAGACACAAAAUUUAUAGCUGAAUGCAUUAUUGGAAGGAAAUACGCUUUUAGGACUCAGCCACUCACUCCACAUGUACUUUUUGUAUCCAGUCACAAUUACAACCCACAAAAGGAACCACUAGACUGACUUCAACAGUAAUCACUUGUUGCAUUUGAUUAUUGCUGUCACACCUAAAUGCACCUCUAUAUUUUAGUAUUAUGAAUUUAAAUUUGUUAUUAGAUGUAUCUUUUAUUUUACCUCUCUUUUUAAAUCUUUAAGUUCCUCCUUCUUUCCAGCUCUUUAAAAUUUAUCUGGGAAGAACCUGACUUUAGGACAUAAAAGAGUUUCCCAUAAUCUGUAUUUUGCUGAUUUCACAUUGAAGGCACCAUUCAGCACAUUCCCUUGUCCUCUGGAUAUUGGCAAAUGGCUCAGAUUCAGGCACAUUGAAUAUGAGAAGACUCAGGUUCAGUCUUUUUGGCAAGACUGUAAGACAUGGUGUGUUGUUUCUUUUUCUUUUUCUCUCUCUCUUUUUUUUUUUUUUUGAGACAGAGUCUCACUUUGUUGCCCAGGCUAUAGUGCAGUGGUAUGAUCUCAACUCACUGCAACCUCUGCCUCCCCAGUUCAAGCAAUUCUCCUGUCUCAGCCUCCCAGGUAGGUGGGACUACAGGUGCAUCUACCAUGCCCAGCUAAUUUUUGUAUUUUUAGUAGAGAGAAAGUUUCAUCAUAUUGGUCAAGCUGGUCUUGAACUCCUGACCUCAGGUGAUCCACCAGCCUCAGUCUCUCAAACUGCUGGGAUUACAGGUGUGCGCCACUGCACCCAGCUAUUUUUUAUAUUUUUAGUAGAGACAGGGUUUCACCGUGAUAGCCAGGCUGGUCUCAAACUCUUGACCUCAUGAUCCGCCCACCUCAGCCUCCCAAAGUGCUGAGAUUACAGGCGUGAGCCACCCUGCCCAACCUACAGAAUUUUUAUCUAAUCGUUUUGUUACAACUAUAUCUCUAUUCUUAUUUACUAGGAGUCCUGGUUUUCAAGAACAGGAGGCAUGAUGGAAUAAAAACCUCUCAUAAUUAUUCAUUUCUUUUAUUUACCCUACACUUGCAACUGUCUCAGAAUAACAAUACAAAUACAACCACAACCAAUAUGGUAAUUGAAACAAUUAAAAAGUUUUUUAUUUGCUUUUUCCAUUCUCCCCCAAUUUUUUUUUUAGACAGAUUCUUUCUCUUUUUGCCCAGGUUGGAGUUCAAUGGCACAAUCUCGGCUCACUGCAACGUCUAUCUGCUGGGUUCAAGUGAUUCUCCUGCCUCAGCCUCCCAAGUAGUUGGUGCAUCCCACAGGCAUGCACCAACAUGCCCAGCUAAUUUUUGUAUUUUUAGUAGAGGCAGAGUUUCACCCUGUUGGCCAGGAUGGCCUUGAUCUCUUGACAUUGUGAUCUGCCCACCUCGGCCUCCCAAAGGGCUGGGAUUACAGGUGUGAGCCACCGGCCCAGCCUGCCCCAGUUUUUAUUUGAUGGCUCUGACUGUUUCUCAUAUCUGACCCUUUAAUUAUGAAUCCAGGACAUAGAUUAGUAUCUCCAUCUUGAAACGAAGCAAAGAAGCCAUGAAAAUGAAUUAUAUCAAUUCCUGAGGAUAAAAUGUUGUUUGACUAGAGUUUGCUUUUUAAUUGUAAUCAUUUAUAAACUUCUUUGUUCCUUUACAUAUAAGCAUAGUCAUAAUCAUGGUGCCCGAAAUUUUCUGUAAGUUAUCGUAACAUUUUAAAGGUCUUGUUACAGUUUUUCCAUCCAGUACAAAUAAUUGGGAAAAUGUAAAGCUGAAUGAAAUGUAGUGGGCCUCAUAUCCUCCCUUUUAGAUAUGGGUUUUAAGUUUGCUUUUCACAGCUGCUAAAAAGUAACAACUGAUUUUUAAUUGCACAAUCUCUCUUUCUUCAAUUUAGAUGGAUUAUACAAUAAAGCAAAACCUGACUGGUUACAGUGGCUCACACCUAUAAUCCCAGCACUGUGGGGCGCUGAGGUGGGACAGUCACAUGAGCCUAGGAGUUUAAGACUCUGGGCAGUAUAGUAAAACUUCUCUUAAAAAAAAAAAAAGCUGGACAUAAUGCAUACCUUUAGUCUCAGCUACUGGGGAGACUGAGAUGGGAGGAUCACUUGAGUCUAAGAGGUCAACGCUGCAGUGAGCUAUGAUCACACCACGGCACUCCAGCCUGGGCAACAGAGCAAGACUCUGUCUCCAAAAACAUAAAUAAUUAAAUAUAAAUAAAAAUAAAGCAAAAGCUGUUAGGAAACAAGAGAAAAAGGAGAGGAAUUUUUCGGAAAUAAUUAUAAAAAGAAAAAUUAUUUUCAGACUAUAAGUCUAGCCCCUAAGAAAUGAAAACAUAAGAUUGGUGUUGACCGUGCAGACAAACCUUUGUUAAUUCAGAGCAAUACAAAAGACACCUUUAAUCUAUAAAAGUUGAAAAAAUUUAAAAAUUGCGUUUUGCAUAAAGUUUUAAGGCAUCUGUCACUAACUUCAAUACCACAAUUCUGACUCCUGUGCCUGGGUUCCUCUUAUGAUAAUUUUGCCUCCUACAGGACAGAUUAGGUGCUGGUCGCCUGGAUUAUUUUGUAUUCUGAAUUAUUUUGAGUUCUAAAAUGGCGAAGUACAAAUACUCAUUGUUUCACUGUGCCUUUGGCCUUUUAUAAAAAGAUAUUUAUAAUUUGUUGCUGAAAACCAAUAUUUGAAGAUGUUGGUUACCAACAGAAAAGUUUCACUCUCUUUAUAGUCCCUCAGUAUACAACUUUUUGGAGGCUUUAUUAGAGAAAAACUGAUUCACAUGUUAUUCUUCUAAAACUAAAUUCUUGUUCGUUUGUUUGUUUGUUUUUUAAAGACGGGUUUCACCAUGUUAGUCAGGCUGGUCUUGAACUCCCAACCUCAGGUGAUCCACCCACCUUGGCCUCCAAAGUGCUUGGAUUACAGGCCUGAGCCACCGCGCCCAGCCUAAAGCUAAGUUUUUAAAAUGUAAGUUGAAAGAUUGAAUUGAUUGUAAGUCUACAGUAAAGAUAUGAUUCCAGGUAGAGCUCCUUAGAGACACUGUCUUCAAUGAUGUUGCAUUUCAUUACUGUUACCGGGUGCCAAGUGUCUCUCAUUUGGAAGUGAACUUACUCCAGUUAUUGAAUGUUUAUUAUAUCAUAAUUUGUAUUUUCACACAUUGAAGGUAUUUUAUAAAGUCACUAAAAGAUUCAUUCUUUUAUUAUUCAACUACAAAAAAUUAGUGUAAUGAUCAGAAUUUUAAAUGUACAAUUAUUUUCCUUCUGUAAGUAUGUAUUGCUAUGAGAAAUAAAAAAAUGGCAGGACCAUUGUUUUUAUUAAAAUC